UAGUAUUAGACAUAUUUGACAAGUUCGACUACUUCCACCCUCUAAUCCAUACAAAGCAUUAUUAAAAGCGCCAUUUAUUUCUUUUAUCAUUUUGUGAUUCGAUAAUUUUAGCUUAGGAAGAAUUUCGUUUAAGAAUUUGGAAACGAGUCAGACGCAUUUUGCAAGUCUACUAAGAUCGGUUCCGUUAAACAAAAACAUCUUAUUUUGCUAAAUCUUUAUUAAAAUUAACUACUUCUGUAAGUUCGUAUCCCCGCAAAAAGAAAGGAUGGAGGUUCCUUUAAACUUGUAUGCCCCAAUUGAAGAAGUUGAAGAAGAUGUGCAAGUUUUAUUCGCUGUCCAUAAGAAGAAAGAUGCAGAUUUAGGAAUGUUUGACUCUAAAAUGGACAGAGUGAAUAUAGAACUUGAUGAGUACAAGCUUCAAAUUAAACAAAACCGUCAAUCGUUGCACCAACUCCCUGGUUCUACUGGUUCUGUAGUCUGGAAAACAUCUAUAAACGUUGUUCCCUGGUUGAUAAAACAACCUUGGUUUGCUAACACACUUUCAUCGGACGUUUGUGUCUUAGAGCUUGGAUCCGGUAUAAGUGGGAUAGCAGGAACUCUUCUAGGUCCACGGGUUGGCAAGUAUAUUGCGACGGAUCAGAAAGAUUACUUAAAAGGGCUUCGAGAAAAUCUAGACCAGAAUGGAGCUAAUGUUGUAGAGGUAUCCGAACUGGACUGGACAAACCCCCCUUCUGAAAAAGAGUGGAAAGAUGCCUCUUUAGACAUUUUGCUCUUGUUUGACUGCGUAUACAACCCAAAUUUGAAUACUCACCUUGUAUCUUCUAUGGCCUCAUUUGCGCGCUUCUUUCCUGACCUCACUUGUCUCGUAGGUCAAGAAUUAAGGGACCCUGAAACACUCACCGAUUUUUUACUAAAAAUUCAACCCUAUUACCAGGUUUUUCUUUUUAACUACGAACAGGAGGGAUUUCCAGAGAAUAUGGCUCUUUUCUUGUUGAAACCCUAUAAUCAUAAAGCCUUGAUGUAUGCCGCUUUAGAAGAAGCAAAGAAAUGCGAGCCUACCGAUUCGGCUUUUUGCGUAGGAUCAGUCCUUGUUCAACACGGUGAAAUAGUCUCAACCGGAUAUUCACGUGAGUUGCCUGGCAAUACCCAUGCGGAAGAAUGCGCCAUCAUGAAAUACUUGUCGCAACAACCUCGCGGAUCUUCUUUGAAAGGAACAGUGAUUUAUAGUACUAUGGAACCCUGUAGUAAGCGUCUUUCAGGGAAAAAAUCCUGUACCGAUCAAAUUAUCAGUCAAAAUGUAUCAACAGUUGUGCUUGGCUCUAGAGAACCAGAUAUUUUCGUGAAGUGUGAAGGAGUAGAUCUGUUAAAGAAUUCUGGUGUAAAUGUUAUAGAGGAGCUUUCCUUCCAAGACGAAUGCCUCAAGGAAGCCGUUCGAGGUCAUCAUAGUAAUUGAGCUGUAUACGCUGCUGAAUUACUAAAUUUUCGUACUCCUUUUGUCAAUUAAAUGCCAGACUAUUUCCGCAUUAAACUCCUUCACUCGGCUGAUUGAAUGGAUAAACGAACCGAUAAAUCUGAAUGACUACAAUUUGGCCUCUAGCUAUUAAACGGUUGUUCAUUGAAGUUUUCUUUUUCAGUCAAAAGAUUGAUAAAACUGAUUUGACAUUCAUUCAGAAAAUGUAUCAGCAUGAACACAAGAUUGAUAAAUAUCAUUUUGCCAAGAGCAACCAACACCGUUUCUACGAUAUACUCGUUGGGGUUUCAAUUUUUCGGAAAGGGGCUUUGAAUUCAUUUAAUCCUUUGCUUAUUAGUUUUUUGGUUUUGUU